AUGGAGAACGGCUCGGCCAGCCCGGGAGCCGCGCUGGGCUGGAGCGGCAACCAGACCCUGGGCAGGAUGCCCCGGCAGCCCCUGGAGCUGCAGGUGGUCACCAUCCUGCUGGUGCUGGUCAUCUGCGGGGUGGGCAUCGCAGGCAACGUGAUGGUGGUGCUGGUGGUGCUGCGCACCAAGCACAUGGUGACCCCCACCAACUGCUACCUGGUGAGCCUGGCGGUGGCCGAUCUGAUCGUGCUGCUGGCGGCCGGGCUGCCUAACAUCUCGGAGGUGGUGGCUUCCUGGGUGUACGGCUACGCCGGCUGCCUCUGCAUCACCUACUUGCAGUACUUGGGCAUCAACAUCUCCGCCUGGUCCAUCGCUGCCUUCACGGUGGAGCGGUACAUUGCCAUCUGCCACGCCAUCAAAGCACAGCUCCUCUGCACCGUGUCCCGCGCCAAGCGCAUCAUCUCCUCGCUGUGGCUCUUCACCUCCCUCUAUUGCCUCAUGUGGUUCUUCCUGGUGGACACCACCCAAGUCACCUUCUCAGAUGGGGCACAGGUCAGCUGCGGCUACCGGGUCUCCAGAAGCCUUUACAUGCCCAUUUACUUCUUGGAUUUUGCCAUCUUCUACGUCAUCCCGUUGGGGCUGGCAGCUGUCCUCUACAGCCUCAUUGCCCGCAUCCUCUUCAUGAGCCCCCUGCCUGCCACCCCGCAGCACUCCUGCCUGGGCUCCAUGCACCAGGGUGGCUCCCUCAAGUUCUCCUGCCGGGGCAACAAGGGGGCCCUGAGCUCCCGGAAGCAGGUGACCAAAAUGCUGGCUGUCGUGGUGGUCCUCUUUGCCCUUCUGUGGAUGCCUUAUCGCACACUGGUGGUGGUGAACUCCUUCAUGGACCCUCCAUACCUGAACAUCUGGUUCCUUCUCUUCUGCCGCCUCUGCAUCUACCUGAACAGUGCCAUCAACCCCAUCAUCUACAACCUCAUGUCACAGAAGUUCAGGGCUGCCUUUAGGAAGUUAUGCAAGUGUGAAGACAAGAGCUCUGGGAACCCCGCACCGUACACCGCCCCGGUGUACUACAGCAUCAUGAAGGACUAUUCUCAUGACAGCUCCGAUCACAACGUGACUGAACAAGAGGAUCUCAACAGUCUCCCUGCACCUGCAAAGAAGAACAAGCCUGCCAAAUAAAUCCUGGGAUCCCACAGCAAUGGGAGCUGUGUGGCUGCAUGCACCGUGUUGGGAAAGUGCCAACAGAAAUGGCUUUGGCAUUGCCGCAAGCUGAAUUUAAUACCACUCCAGGGCAUUGAACAAAACAGAUUCUUAGAGGCAAGUUAAUUUGCUUUUUCUUAAGGCUAAUUUAUUCCUGUUUGGUGAAGUGUUAGGCACGGGUCAAUGUUUAGCAUCUUUAAAUAAUCUGUAAAUAUAGCAGUGCAAUGUGCAAUAUAGCAAGUGCAACUGUUUGUUGAGUGGGGGCAGAGAUUGAAAGGGAAUCCAGGGGGAGAAGGGCAUUCAAAGAAAAAAAAGACCCUUCUUACUGGACCAAUUUUCUUACAGGAUGAGAUUCACCUACCUGAAUUUACACACCUCUAAAAGACACCCUAAGGGAGGUGCUCCUUUAGUGUCCUUUUGGAGUUAAGGCAACAAUCAGGCAUUUGCAGGAAGCUGCUCCUCUCAUUUCAGCGUAGUUGUCUGAGGAAGACACACACCUCAGGAGGAGAUGGAUGCCUCCUGAGAUGUGAUUGAUUCUGUGCACUGACUGUAAAGGGACUCUCAGGUGGAGACACCUAUGUUAGGAAUGGCUGAAGUUGAGUGGCAUGAAUCUCACCCCGUGCUGCUGUACUGGUAGCAGACAAACCCAAGGUCCAGACCAGUUGGGUUUGUGACAGAAAAACGAACAAACCAGUAAUGAGUGCUCCUUAAGGUAACAGUGAUACUUCCAUCAUUGUGGUCUAAGCUUCUUUUGGAUAAUUUUAUCUUUGCUGUCCAAACUCCUCUAGCUGCUUCAGCUGGAUGCCAUAGCCUUGUCCUGCAAGCCCUGGUGUGGGGUCCCUGAGUUUUGCCAAGCUGCAUCCCACCUAUAGCUGCAUUUCAGUGGCAGGUGAAGCAAUGCUCUUAUUUCUUGAGGAUAAUUUGUGAAAGUCCAUCAAGUGUUUUGUGACAAGUGACACACUGACUAUAGGACAUUAACAAUAUGCAUGGCUGCUAUCAUCUCAUGAGCAAAGUGGCUAUUCAUGACCUGAGGUGUCCAAGAACCCAGGCCAAGGACACUUGCCCCAGACUUGUAAGAGACUAUCAGGACUAGGAGUAAAAUGUAAAAGAUUAUACAUGAGCCAAACACUGAGGCUCUUGCCAAAUGAUAUAAGGGUCAGCCACCAGUAACCCUGCAGCAGCUGGAAAAUAUUCUUUGAACAGCUAAUUCAGCCUCACUCUUCAACAUCAUUUUUAGCCUAACCAGAGUGUUAAAUGAGCUUAGAAUUUUGCAUCCCCUUUAGAGAAAAUCAGUGUGAUAUUUUUGAGAUCACAAGAUGUUAAGUAACUGCUCAAGACCACAAGAUAUUAAGAAACUGUUCUGUGUCUAUGGGAAAUCACUUCCCUGGAUGAGUCAGAACAGAUCUCACUUCCCAAUGCUGUGUUGGAAACUGUCUGGGAUCAAUUUCAUUUUGGUGUAGGGUGGCUCUUCAUAUAUGAUUAUUAUAUUGUGAGUUAUUAAACUAUUUUUUCCCCAAAAUAACUGAAGGAUGCAGAAAGAGAAUAUUGUUUUUUGCAAUUAUUUGAAACAGUGAGUGUUUGGAAUUUAAGGAUUUGUGCCAUAUUUGCGCUGUUGCUCGUAUACUGGGAAUUUAGGAACAAAGUUCCUCUUUAUUGUUGUUAAGGAAAUUCUGCAUGGAGGUUUAGGAUUUGCUUGUCAAAGAAUAUGGAAGUGUUUUUGUUUCAAUGCAAGAAAAUUGUUCAACUUAGCAAAAGAAACUAGGAAAUGAAACAGUUUGUUUGUAACAAUCCUUUCUCUAGUACAGAACAUUUCCCCCUUAGCAGCUCAGAACACACUGUUGGUAAAAGCAUCUGCAGACAAGCCAGAGCAGUGAGGACCAGGAUGUCCUGAAGUAACACACAGGUAAGGUGUAGGGGAAGGUAGGGGGGGCCCUGAGCCAGUUGAUGGUCUCCUAGACAUGGUGAAACCCAGGGCUGAGGUUUGGGCGUGUCAGCUCUUACAUGGGCUGGGUUGAAGCUAACAGGAACUAAGAGCUCACAUGAGUAGCUCAAUUCUGAAGCAUCUCCAGCAGGAUCUUUUCCACCUUCCCAUCAUAUUUCCAGUCUUCACUGCUCCACUUUAUGCUUCUUUCCUCCAGAGACAGAAAUACCCUAAAAGCACUAUUCUCUUAAUUAAAUUUCAGCCCCAGGCCAACAGCUAAUUGAUGGUUCUGAAUUUUUUUGCUCAACAUACUUUGGAUUCAAUUAAAACCCAGCUCUCUUCACCUUCUACCCUUAUUUGCCAAGUACUGCAUGACCCUUCGUUAUUUCUUGAGCAGUAAUUGGCAGAUAAAUCCCCCCAGUACCACGAGAUCUCCAGCAAACGCACCAGAGCAUUAAACUGUGUAGAUGAGGAAUGAGUCCCUGCUCCUUCUCCAGGCAUGUGUUCUGACACAUUAGGAGGAUUUGAGAGCGUUAUAGGUGGAAGUGGAGGCAGGAGGUCAGCACUCAGCUUGCUAAGGAGAUGCUGGUUAAGAGGACAGGCAGCUGCAUGCUGUCAGGAAAAAAAAAAAACCCAGCAGAGAGGAAUUAAAAGAAAUAACUCAUCCCUGUAACUUCCUCUGGAUAUCCAGUGUCUGAAUAAAACCAUUAAUUGCUCACAAGAAAUCAAAGAGCCCCCUUCAAGCUUGAGCCUGAAUUACCUUGUACCCUGCAACAGCUGCCCACUCAAAGUCUGAAGCUGUAUUUUACCUUUGAAAUUUAUUUAGUCUCAACAGCAUGAGUGUAGGCUGCAAGUUUAUAAAUACGAUACCAAAUAGAGAAUCUAUUACUCCUAAAUAAUUUUACUACAUUGAAGCAUUUCCUCAAUUUCAUCUAACCUGUUAGUUUCUUAAUUAAAGCCCUUCCAGUGCUUGUUGACCUGGUAAAAUGCCAUCUGCUUUCUUCGAUUACACAGCAAACGUUCCCUGGCAGGAGAGG